CGGGAUUUUCUCUCUCUCUCUUCAUUGCAACAAAGUUGCGGAGCGAGUGAUAUUGUUGCAACCCCCCGCCCCCCGCGGCUGCUGGCGGUUCGGAGCUGGGGCCGGAGCCGGUCGCUGCCCCGGGGGAGGGGGCGCAGCGCCGCCGCCGCUGGAUUAUCCCGAGCCGGGUCGAGCUCUCCUGGAUCUCCGUCUUCUGCUGCUGCUGCCGCCGCUGUGAAGCCGAGGGGCUGAGAUUUUUUUUUAACCCUCUUUUUUUUUUUGGAGGGGGGGAUUUUGUCAAGGUCAUUCCGUGGAUUUAAUUUUUUGAUCUCCCCCCUCUCUCCUCCCACCGCCACUGCCCAGCUUUGCUCUGUGGAUUAUAAUCUCUCUGGAUCGGAGGGUCUGAACAGGAGGAUUUUUAGGGCUUCGGGGGUUGGGGAGGGGAAGUGGUGAGUGAGGAAGGGGGGUGAUUUUUUUUAUCUCCCCCCUUCCCUUCUUCUUUUUCUCGUUUGGAAAAUGGAUGGGAAAAUCAGGCAGAGCCGGAGAUCAAGGUCCCAAAGGGACCGCGUGAGGAGAAGGGAAGCUAAUGCCAGGGAUCCCCGAAAUCAAAGUCCUUCUUCGGCAUCCGAAAAGGAGCAAAGCCCUGGCAAGGAAAAUACAAGCCAAAACUGUACAAAUCCCCCAAACCUGGCGUCCACCGCCAGAAAUGUCAGACCUCCGAGGCGCAGGAGACGGGAAUCCAGCUCCCAAGAAGAGGAUUUAAUUGAUGGGUUUGCUAUAGCCAGCUUCAAUACCUUAGAAGCCUUGGAGAAGGACAUGUCAUUAAAGCCUCAGGAGCGAAAAGAAAAAUGGGAGAGGCAUCCAGGAAAGAAACCACGAGAAUCCGAAAACUACGUGUCCGCUGAGCCCAGCGAAAAUGGCCAUAAUAAUGAUGCCGGGAGCUCUGAGAGAGAGACUGAACGAGGCAAAGAGAGGGUGAAGAAGAAACACCCCUUGAAGAUAUCCAAGCAGAUGAAGGUCCCUGCAAGCAGAAGUGGCAGAAAUAGCGAAGAAGACAGCAUCAGGGAGGCCACAAGCUCUCAGCGGAGCAGCUCGAGGGACCGUCUCAGUGAUAGUUCUGCUCAAUCGCUUUCAGGAAGAGGCUAUUCCUGUGACAGCGAGAGUGAUAUUGACGAUAAGACCUCAACGGAACUGGAGCUGCCUCGUAUCAGGAGUGGCUUGAUAACAAGCAAGGCUUCUUUAGGCUCCGAGAAGCUGUUUUCCCUUGCAGCAAAUAAAGGUCCAACCUUGAAUGACAAACCUGAAGCUAAAGCAGCGACCAUCCCAAAGGUGUCAGGGCUAGAGCGCAGCCGGGAACUGAGCACCGACGUGCCCUUCGUGCUGCCUAUUCCCAGCCCCCAGCCAGUUGCUGCUGUUGUGACUUCCACUUCUUCUGCGCCCACGUCGAGCGCCAGGGCAAGCCCGCUGUUGAAGAAGGAGCCAGUGAUCUCAGCACCAGCACCGCCAAGACUCACACCCCAGCCACAGCCUCGACCGCAAUCACAACCUCAGCCUCGACCACAGUCUCAGCCUCAACUCAUACCUGAGCUUCGGACCCAGCCUCAGAGUCACAUCCCUCCCCCUCUCAACUACCAAGUGCAUCACCAGGUGGCCCAGAACGGACUCAAUAUCAGCAGGAGCAGCAGCGCCAGCAGUACAACAAGCAUCAGCCUGCCCAAACACCUUCCCCUCUCCCCCCAGAUCCCUCCUCACCACUCUUCCGGCCCAGCCCUGCCCCUCUCCAUCUCUAAUCUUGCUACCUCACACUUCCCUCUCAGAUCGCAGACCCAACACCAGCACCAUCCGGCCAUGUUUGCCACCCCACCCACGCUACCACCACCACCAGCGUUACCCACCAACAGCCUUGUGAUACCAGGCCACCCUGCAGAUCAUGAGCUGCUCAGGCAAGAGCUGAACAACCGGUUUCUGGUUCAGAGUUCGGACCGGGCCGGUGCCUCUCUUGGCCCGGUGCCAUUGCUGAGGGCGGAGUUUCACCAGCACCAACACACCCACCAGCACCAGCACACCCACCAACACACAUUCACUCCUUUUCCAUCCAGCUUACCCCAGGCACCGCUCAUGCCACCCUCUGCACCUCCUAUGGUGCGUACCCCAGCCCAAAAUUUUGACAAGUACGCUCCCAAAUUGGACAACCCUUACUUUCGACAUUCCAACUUCUUUCCAACCUAUCCUCCGGCAAUGCCUGGAAUGCCACCAAUGCUUCCACACUCAGGACCUUUUGGGUCACUUCAGGGAGCAUUUCAACCGAAGACUUCAAAUCCAAUUGAUGUAGCAGGUAGACCUGGCACAGUCCACCACACUCUUCUGCAGAAGACUCCGGGGGUGUCUGACCCCUAUAGACCUCCAGUAAGAAAGCCUGGGAAGUGGUGUGCAGUUCAUGUACAGAUUGCCUGGCAGAUCUACCAUCACCAGCAGAAGAUAAAGUACCUCCUGUGGAAUAUGGAGUAUUAUCCUAUUCAGAAUGAAAUGACCGAUACGGUGAAGGACAUUUUACAAAACAUAGAGCAGCAGAUGCAGCUGGAUCCCCACAAGCUAGACAUAGGCGGUAAACUUGACCUGUUCAGCAGACCUCCUGCCCCUGGAAUUUUUCCAGGAUUCCAUUACCCACAAGACCUUGCCAGGCCUCUGUUUUCCACGACAGGUGCUGCACAUCCAGCCACCACCCCUUUUGGACCCUCGCCUCAUCACAGCAGCUUCCUGCCUACUAGCCAUUUGGCAGGUAAGUAUCCAUUUAGCAGGUCAAGCACCUUCAGCGGCCUUGGGAACUUAGGCAGCAAUGCCUUUGGAGGAUUAGGCAGUCAUGCUCUGACUCACAACAGCAUUUUUGCUCACAAAGACGGUCCAAACCUACAGAGCUUUAAUAAUCCCCACGAGCCAUGGAACAGACUCCAUCGAACCCCACCUUCCUUCCCGACACCUCCACAGUGGCCUAAGCCGGGGGAUUCCGAACGGAGCUCUUCAGUAACCAACCACGACAGAGACCGGGAGCGGGAGUCAGAGAAGAGGGAUCUUUCACUGAAUAAAGACGACAGAGAGAAAGAGAGAGAUCUCAUGGAUAAAAACAGACAUUCAAAUAGAUCCUCACCGGCAUCAGCUCCUGUGACCCAUCAGAUCAGCAAUCUCAUCCGCAGCAACACUCAGACCUCCAGCGAUCCCAUCAGGCAAGUUAGCAUUGGUGAAAGGGAAAGGUCCAAAGAACCAGAGAGAGAGCACCCUGACCGACUGAGAGAGCCGCCCAUAACAGAACACAAGAUAAAAGAGAGCCGUUCCCCCGUGAAGGAAACUCCAAGCCAUGAUAAGAGACCCUCUGAGGACAACACGAAGCCAGUAAUUCAGUCUGUAUCUCCCUACAGCAAACCUGCACUAAGCGAGAGCUUGAAACUUAGCAAUUUAAUGAACAAAGAUAUAGAGAGAAAGCCAGAGCUUCCAAGUGACCUCCAGAAGAUUAAGAAUGACAUCAAGGUCAAAGAGGAGCGCAAGGAGGACAGUGAUGUGCUGGUGGUGGGAUCUGAACCUUCACAGCAUUCCAGAACAUUGGAACAUCCGCCACCACCUUCUUUGCAUGGAUUACCAUUACCCCAUUCUAUGGCCGCCACAAUGCCUCUCUCCAUGAGUAGCGUUCACCAGAUGAACAACAUGAAUGUUCUAGACCGCAGCAGAAUGAUGACCCCUCUUAUGGGCAUGAAUCCUUUGUCAGGAAGGGAGAGACUGCCACAUCCUGGAUUUUCUUGGGACCCAGUGAGGGACCCAUUGAGAGAUGCCUAUCGGAGCUUAGACUUGCAUCGUCGAAUGGACUUCCAGCUCCGGACAGAUCCCAUCCACAGGUUCCCUACCACUUCUGGAUUUUAUGACCAUGAGCGUUCUUACAGAGACAGAGAACCGCACGACUAUAACCAUGAAAACCUUCUUGAAGCCCGCCGAGAGCAGGAGCGGUUGCGGCAAGUGGAGGAGAGGGAGCGCUUGCACUUACGGGAAGAACUUGAACGUGCCAGAAUGCACCACCUGCACUCGUCCCCUAUCGAAAGUCAUCUGGCACACAUGCCAUCGUUCAUGCCUCACUUAAGCGGGAUGCAUUACCCCAGACUCAGUCCAUCCACUGCCAUGCACAAUGGAAUUUUAAAUAGGAACCCACCAACUGCAGCACUGAGUGCCCCGCCCCCUUUGGUACCAGCAAGCAGUACUAGACCUGCCUCCCCACGCAGGACUACCCCACUCACAAACUCAGAGUCCAGGGACUAUUCCCCCUCUAGGAACCCCAAAGAAGUAGAGGCACGAUAGUCCCCAACAGGGUGAAUUUUAAACUUGGCUGUAUAUAGAACAACAAAAAUCUUUUACAAAAUG